CGAUGCCGGAAGUACACAAAUACGGGGCCGUCACGUUGCUUUUUUGCAAUGGACACCGUACAUGCUCGUUUCAAAGAGAAAAUUGGUGAAGUACUUUUACCCGGAGAUGUGUUCUCAUUCAGAAUGCCUGAAUCUGGAGGAGACUGUAUUAUCAAAACCGAAAAGAUAAUAUGCGGUCCAGGGCUCCGGAGAAAUGGAGAGGAAGUUCAAGUUUGUAAAAGUGGCAUUUUGCGCCAUAAACAGCCAAAUCUGUACUGGAUAGACUCUCAGCAGAGACGGUAUGUACCAGCCAAGGGUGAAAGUGUGAUCGGCAUUGUGACUUCCAAGUCUGGAGAUAUCUUUAAAGUGGACGUUGGAGGAAGUGAGCAAGCAUCUCUUUCAUACCUUGCAUUUGAGGGAGCUACCAAGAGGAACAGGCCUAAUGUGCAGGUUGGAGAUCUGGUAUACGGCCAGUUCACAAUUGCAAACAAGGAUAUGGAACCCGAGCUGGUGUGUAUAGACAGCUGUGGCAGGGCCAACGGGAUGGGGGUUUUCGGAGCUGAUGGGCUGCUCUUUAAAGUGUCUCUGGGACUAGUGCGCAGACUUCUGGCUCCUCAGAGUGAAAUAGUGAAGGACCUGGAGAAGAUUUUCCCCUUUGAGAUGGUUGUUGGAAUGAAUGGCAGAGUGUGGGUGAAAGCAAAGACCGUUCAGCAGACGCUGAUAGUGGCCAAUCUUCUGGAGACAUGUGAGAACAUGACCUCUCAACAGAGACAGACACUUUUCAGGAGAGUGGCAGAAGGCUCCCUCUAGAGGACAACUGAAAUUUCACUUUUCCCAGAAUACAUGUGGUGAUGACAUGCUUGAAGUACCGUUUUUUCAGUGUGAAAUCACUCUGUUUCUCCAGUUUUGGAGACCAAACAAGUGACUUUGGAUAUUGGUGUGUUCAGCCUGUCUGUACGCCAUAAAAGAGAAGUCAUCAUUUCUCUUAAAUAUAUUUUUGCCUUUAUUUCUGAAAAUAAAUUUUUGUAUAGGUAAAAAUUAAUAAAAUCUUCAUGAUGCA